UUUACAAUCUGCCGACCUAAACAUGGCUGGUCAAAAACUCACUCAUUACAGUUAGAGCUCGAAAACUUAGAAGAACAGUUUUUACUUUACUCAUACUCGUUUAAAGACGGUUAAAAGGCUUCUAGUGAUAUAACUACAUUUUCAACUUGCCGUUUGUUUGCUUUUUUAGCAGUCUUUCUGUGAGUGUUGAGGUUGAAGCUUGCUAGCUGGAUAUCUUCUCCAUAGAGAACGAUGAGUUCUGCAGCUAGCAAUAGUUACCUUGCUGCUAAAGGUCUGGACAUAAGUCUGUCUGCCCUGCAGAGACAAGACCCUUACAUAAACAACAUUGUGGACGUGGCCAGCCAAGUCGCCCUGUAUACUUAUAAUAACCGAGCGAAUGAGUGGGAGAAGACAGAAGUGGAAGGCACUUUAUUUAUUUACACAAGAUUGGCAUCUCCUAGGCAUGGCUUCACAAUAAUGAACCGUCUUAAUAUGGAGAAUCUGACAGAGCCCAUCACAAAAGACUUGGACUUCCAGCUGCAGGACCCUUUCCUUCUUUACCGUAAUGCACGAUUGGUUAUUCACGGGAUCUGGUUCUACGAUAAGCUGGACUGUCAGCGAAUUGCACAAAUGAUGAGGAUUUUGACCCAGCAGGAGCAGAUCCUCGCUCAGUCUCAGGGUGGUUCCAUAUCCCCGAGAGCAGCAGCAGGAGGUGGAGGUGGCUUAGUCGGAGGAAAUAACGAGGCGAAAGCGGUCGACAUCAUCCAGAUGCUGACCAAGGCACGAACAGAGUAUGAUAAGUCUACCUCAGAGCCAAAGGAGAUUGGGGGCAGCAGUGUACUGUGUGGAAAUCCUAAUCUGAUCAAACCAAUACCAGUUAAACCAAACACUCAGGUCAAUGAAGGAGCAGACACCACCACGGUUGUGGCCUUAACCACCCUGUUAGGCUCUCAGCAGCAUCAGCACCACCACCCUCUUAAAUCUGACCCAGUUCCUCCUCUGGCUGCUUCCACAGCAGCAGGAAAGGUCGCCCGCCCACCUGUCGCCCGCACGCUGAUCUAUGAGGAUUCACUCAACUCUGGCAUAAACGUCGCCCCCUCCGGAGGUAGAGACACGGCAGUUGGGUCGGCGGACAGGGAAGAGAGCGGGAGCGCUCUCCGCCAACUGCCGAACCAACUUCAGCACUGUCCGGCCAUCGCAAAGCUCAUGCAGGGACAGAGGGGGGCGGCAGGAGCUGGGGGCGUGCUUCAGACACUGUCCGAGUCCCCAGAGAACCGGCUGUGUGACAACGGGGUGCCGCUGGAACACCACCACCACCAUCACCAUCAUCAGCACCCCCAUCUCCUCCAUCACCACCACCAGGAGCAGCAGCAGCAGCACGACCCAAUAAAGCGUCUCCUGCAAAACCAUCCACCCCCUCUGCUCGCCACUUCUUUCACUGCCGCGGCUCCUCCGGCGCUGCAGCAGAACCCGUAUCCCGCCUCCCAGCCUGGCCAGCUGGAUUCUGUGUCACGUUCCCACCUCGAAGCACAGGAAGGUCAGCAGCUCCUCCUCGGCCUGACGAAGUUACAGGCAGAGAUGCAGAAGAGGGGGCCGAAGGAUUCUGCUGCCAUGGGAACAGGUCUGACCUCCCAGAUGCAGGGUGUGGUUUCUCCUCAUGAGCUCCUGCAGAAACUCCAGCUGGUCCAGCAGGAACAGAGCUUCACUUCCCACGAGCAUCCCCGACUCCAUCCGCAUCCAGGACUGGCACCUCGAUUCCUGGGGCCCAGUGCGAGUCAAAGCCAAGGCUCCUCUUUAGGCACAGGCCCAACGCAGACUUCAGUUGCCCCAGAUCAAAAACCUGAGCUGCAGUUUCAGAUCAUUUCCCCACAGCGGAUACCUGCCACAGUGGCCCCCACCCUGCUCCUCUCUCCCAGUGUGUUCACUCAGACGAAGUCCAGCAGCAGGUUACCGGUGGCUGCUCCAGAAAGCAGCUCUGUACCCUCAACCUUAUGCAAACCCUCACUGCAGGAGGAGGUCAGAGCUCUUUCUAGAAGCCAGCUUCAAGCAGCACUGCUGCAUCUGAUUCAGACUGACAGCUCAUUCCUGGACUCCAUCUACAAAGCAUACGUCAGCCGCUUCGCUAACGGCUCCGGCAGCAAGUACUGAUGACUCUUCACACCCGCUGUCUGUCUGCACACACUUCCUGUUCAAGGGCUGAAUCUGAUAUUCAGUGAACCACUUCCUCCAAAUCUCACUUACUGUAUUUAAUCUCAACCAUCCAACUCGCUUAGACCAAUCUUUUAAAAGAUAAAUACAGGUAUAGAAAUACAAAAUAUGGUUGCUUUUAGCAGUGAAAUCCACUUUUUCAGUCUAAAUUACAAAUGUUAGCUACAUUAUAUUGACAAUAAUAAGAACACACUCCUCCUUAACGGCUUUUAAAAAAUGGUAACUAUAAAUGAUAUUCUGCACAAUUUAUUCAGGUUUUGCAUAACAAUACAACACUCUUUAAGCAAAUGUCAUUAUCGACCAACAGGCUUGAAACGUGGACUUUGAUUUGGUUUUCUUUAUAGAAUCCAAUUGCAGCAAAUAUGUCAAUUAACAUUAUAAAAAAUGUGAUUAAAUUCGGCAUGUGACAUUUCAACGGAAUAUAUCCGGUUGUUUUGUUUUUUUCAAAUUGAGUUCAGGCUUGUAGCUCAUAACCGCUGGGAAUGCUUGGAACUGAAAAAUAAUUAUAAAAAUGUGAAAGAAAUAAUCAACCCAGAAUGCAGUAAAAUGUUGUUGUUGGAUUGCUAAACCUGGACAAGGACUAAAAAUCCAUCUACAGUGUCUACCCAAGAAAAAAGUGUUGGCAACAAAGUCUCCUUGUUUGCAUUAUUGAGCUAUGCAGUGGUCAUAAAAGACUCACUUGUGCAAAUCUGUGUUAAAACUGAAUAACAGUAAUCAAAUCUCAAAAUAUUAGUUUAAGGUCACUCAAGCUUUACAUGUACAUUUGCAGUUUUUUCCUACAACAUGGAAUUUGACUUUAAAAAGUCGCUUCAAGUUAAGGUUAUUCAUUUGGAGGUAAACAGGAAGUUUAAAUUGACACAAUCGGUCAUUUUUCUCGGACACAGAGAAAAGAAAACGGUUGUGAAAAAAGCUAAUUAAACAUAGAGGACAGUUGUUUGAAUAGUACUCAUUACUGAAAUGCAAUAUGUGGACGUUCACGGCUCUUUAUGACAACAGUAGUUCUGUCUUUGUCCUAAACAUCCUAUUUUUAUGAGGGGGAAAAAUUAUGAUCUUACUGCAACUUGAAUAAACACACAAGCUUCAUAGAAGUCACAACCUGCACUACCUCACAAUUUGGACCUAUAAUUAGAUUUUUAUCAAACAGCAGUUUUAAGGGUAAUAACACAAAAAAAACGUUAUGUUGAACCUUUCAAGAUGAGAAACACAAAGUGCUUCACGACAAGGAAAAAAAAAAA